AUGGGUAUCAUGUUCUCCGAUAAAGCAUCGGUUUUAGUCAAUAGGACACCAACGGGGGAGUUUCAACACAAGAGGGGACUAAGACAAGGCGACCCGUUAUCACCAUUUUUGUUUACGAUUGCAAUGGAAGCUCUUCAUGUAUUAAUGGUAAAGGCAGUAGGGUCGGGUGUGUUCAAGGGGAUAGACUUACCUAAUAACGACCCAUGUUUAUCGCAUUUAUUUUUCGCAGAUGAUUCUAUUUUUAUGGGCUCUUGGGAUGUGGAUAAUAUGAAAACAUUGCGAAGAAUAUUGAGAAUAUUUUUCUUGAUGCCGGGGUUAAAGGUAAACAAACCACAAAAAAAGCUUCCUGUACAAGAUUGGAAUGAGUGA